AUGGGCUGGGGUGGACCACGUUUUGAACACCAUACAACAAAUCAAUACAAUAACUUCACUGAGUUCGUCCGCCGAGAGGAUGCUGCACGUGUAAAAGCUAUUCUUCAGCGUGACCAACAGCAGCAACAGCAAUCCGCUGUGCAGUCUCUUGAAUUCCAAGGCGAGGCCAUACGGCGAUACGCCGACGCUCAGAAAGAUCCAUAUCCCACGAAGAUCGCGAAAGAUGGAAACGGCAAACCACAGCGGCAAUCUCCUACCUUCAAGGCGACACAUCCAUGUGGCCUGGGCACUUUGGAAAGAGGGCAAGGCCCUCAAAAGGUUGCGCGAAGUUCCCAUCUGCGGCGACUUGCGCAACCUAAAAAGCUCCCGGAGGGGGUUCACGGCAAGCAUAUGUACGGCCGCUGCAUGUAUCCGUGUGGAAAUGUGGUAAAGUUUCCUAUUGGCCGUAACGGGGCCUGUUACAAUCCAGGCGUUGAUCGGGAUCGUAUAGUUCCUGAGCGGUUCUCAAUGGACGUCACCCCGCCGUGGGUGGGUAGUUUCAGCACACACCGCAUCAGUCCUGAGGAUGCGUGGGAGCGAGCGCAGGAUGCAUAUUAUGGCAACUCCAUCCUGCCAAAGACGGGCGUCGCUCAGGUCGUAGAGGAGGCCUCGCUUCGUCAAUUCAAGGCAUCCGACCGUGAGGGGCUGUACUACAAUAACGAAGAGGCUGCUGCCCAGUGUGAUGUAGCUGCAACAAACCCUAAGAAAUUUAAUGGGGUGAUUAACGUCGGAGAUGAUGUAAAUGAUACACCUUCUGUUUUUAGCCAUGCCUUGUCAAACGAACCCAUCUCAAAUACCGGCAUAAAACACAUAGCCACUUCACCGUGCUCCACAAAGGGUGAGGUGAUGGAGUACCUCAGGACCUUAACAUUACCUAAGACGGAGGUCCAAAGUGGUAAGGUGUUACCCUUUGGUUCAGUCUUGCGCUCCACGAAGGAAUGGACUCUUCCAGAACUGACAUACCAUGUUCUUAUGCUCCAAAAAGAUUGCGUUGCAAAGUGCAAAGAAAGAACAAUUUAG